AAACCGCGGAAGUGUUUGCUAACCUGCUGCUCUGUUGUUCACCGGACAGACCAACAGCUAUGGAUAAAGGACCGCUCCCACACACACACACACACACACACACUGAAGUCUCGUCUAUGUAACGUUGAGGAGCUCUGCAGAUGCCUUGAACAUGGCAAUGGUUGUUCGGGAAACAGGUUUAGUUUUAUACCUCUGGACUGUUUUCAUCCAGUUCAGCCGCAUGUCAGGUCUUGGGGUCAAUGAACUGCUCUAUUUCCGGGUCAUCAGUCCAGAGGAGAUUGGGUACAUCUUCAGUGCAGCACCUGCCAAAGACUUCGGAGGAGAUUUUACAUCAUCUUAUGAUGAGAUUUUUCUCGUGCCAGCAGACCCAGCAGACGGCUGCUCAGACCUGGAGGACAGAGAAAUCAUCCAGGGACAAGUAAUCCUGGUGGAGAGGGGAGGUUGCUCCUUUGUACAAAAGGCCCGACAUGUGGAGGAAGCAGGAGGCAAAGCUGUUCUGAUCGCUGAUAAUGCAGAGGACAACGACAGUCAGUACCUUGAUAUGAUCACUGAUGGAAGCACUGCUAAACCGAGCAUACCUGCUCUAUUCCUGCUGGGACGAGAUGGGAUGAUGAUCAGGCGAUCUCUUCAGAGACAAGCACUUCCGUGGGCUGUCAUUUCAAUCCCGGUCAAUGUUUCCUCUUUGGCUUCAUUCCCACUCAAACAGCCCCCAUGGACACUGUGGUAGAAAUGACUCACACCCAAAACUUCAUGCACUUACUCACUCAAUAAAUAUUCUUUCAUCAGUGCAUGUUGUGGCCGCAAUGGAGGAACUCACAGCCUCCCAGGGAAAUUCUUUGAUGGUGGUUAAACAAAUUUGCACGCAGUGAACCAAUAAAAUUAACAUAUGUACACAUGAUUAUGUCAUGCCCAAAUAUACAUCCAAAGUUAUGUGGUGCAAACCUUUUUAACAUUGUUCAAAUAGACUCUGCCAGGGCUGUUGGCCCGGGGUGAGGACAUACAAACUCGGCAAGAAACAUUUGUGCUUAUUGUCAGUGCUCAAUUGAAGUUGACUGAAUUAGCCAGUGGUUUUGAAGAUAAUGAGUCUGUUUUACAGUUGAGUACUUUCCAGGAACUUCUGUACACUAGUCAGUCGUGAAAGUAGAAAAUCUGCUAUGCAUUAAUAUAACACAUACAAAUUGAAGUGUACUAUUUAUUUGCCUUCUCAAAUAGUACAAGCUGUUGCGUAUGCCUCUAUGGGAUAAAGAAGGAAAAAGAACAGGCCAUAAUAGCAUAUGCUAACUUCAGUUUAAUACAGCAUACCAGGAAUGUCAUCUCACUGUAAAAAAAUAUUACCAAAUUCCUGCUUAUUUGCAUGAACUUAAACAGUGUGAUCAAAAAUGUUUUGUUUCUCUUAUCGUUAAUUAAAUUAAUUUUUUUUUGUUUUUGCAUUAAAAAUUCUCAUUUAUUGGUAUCUAUACCAACUUUUAAGACCAUACCAACUUUGCUUUGUCUUUUUGGGCCUGAGGCUGAAUAACCCAGACCACUGUAAGAAGUAUAAUGUGUACAUUAUUAUAUCUACUACUCCAGUACUCCAGAUCCAAAAUCCAAGACCUGUUUAGAACAGCUUGGAUAAACAAGAUUGACAUAGACACAUUGUGUAUACAAAGUAAAGACAAUGAAAAACAAUGUAUGACAAAAAGGCUUUUGUGAAAAUGACAACAACAAAAAAAACAUUUCCAUGAAUACAUUUUUUAUUAUUUUAUGCUAAUUAGAGCAUUAGCCCUCCCCCCAUUAUUAUUUUUCAUUAUGUAAGCACAAUAGGCAGAGUGACACUUUGCAGGAAGUCAGUCAGUUAGGGGGGUUUGGGACUAAUACUAUUUUGCAUCUUAACAAUAUAAUACAGGUGUUUACUUUUGGCCUGUGACCCAUCAUUACGUUUUAGUUUUGGCCUUUCAGGACAAAAAGGUUCGGUACCCCUGGUUUAGAUGUUUAGAAUAGGUAUUUUGUAUGUUAAAAAGCCAUUUCCCCCUUUUUUUUGCCAACACAAUUUAUCCCUAGUUUGAGUUCAUUCCAAGUACUACUUACAUCCAUACCUGACUGUAGUUUACAGAUAUUGGAGUUAUUACUUGAAACUUACUGUAAUUAUACCAGAACUGCACUUGCAUUUUAUUGGACUUUGUUGGUUAAUUACAACAAUCUUCUUUAAUAUCUGUACUUUUCAUUUCCUAUACAACUCUCAUUGCAUUGGUGUCCCUUUUAAACUUUCCGUAAUGAGGUUUCUGACAAGACAAGUUUUUUUUUGUCUUCAGAGAGUUUGUACUUAACUGAUUGAUUGUUGUUUAUUGAUUGAAUAUAGGUCUGUAAACCCCAUUGAUCCAUGUAGCCUAUAAAGAGGGUUAGGGACAUAUAACUGGAUUGGAGUGCAGAGUAAGACACAAGUGCUUCAUAAAGUACCUGACCUAUUACAGUAGUUUGAAAAUUAAUGAGGCACUAAAUCAACUCUGCAACACCUGGGCACACACCAGUUAAAGCCAACUAGAGCAAUGCAUGUUUGCUUUUGACUUUCUGUCCACCCACACGCUGCAAGAUAAGCUUGUUUGAUAAACUGCAUGUUAGUGUCCCGGGAAGCAUCUCACAUAUGAAGUUGAAGGCUGAUAAAAUAUCUUCUUUGCUUCUGUAGAUUCUGUAGUUUUCUUUAUUUUUGUUGAAAGUACAAAAGGUUCAGAACAGCUGUUUGAAUUCAUUUCUUUUAGUAAAAGUUUCAAUCUUAAAGAGAUUUCAUCUGAGGACAUAUGUGUUGGCCUUUGCAGUUACAUGAACAGUUUGUGUAGUAUCUGUGGUUAACACCAGCUGCUAGGCCUCAACACAACAUUAAAAUCUGCAGUUCCUUCUGAUCUGAUUUUUCCAACAAAAAUGUCAUUCUGCUAUAUGGACAAAGACUAAAAUGUAUAAAGUGCUUUCAUUUAAGAUGAGAAAAAGUAUGCUGUAUUUAUUUAUUUAUUGUUUAUUCCAGAUUUAAAGUAGAAACUCAUACCAGAAAAUGUUUAUUAGGGUCUGUAUAGUCUUUCACUUGAUAUAUGGUUAAUAUAGACUGGUUUAAUUUCAGAUUAUAUUGCCUUAUAAUGUAAAAUACAUUAUCUUUGGUCAUGUCGAUGUUCAUUUACAUUUUCUGUCACAAAGGGGACAAUCAUAAUAAACAUUUUGAAUAAAAACACAUUCAAUAAAGUCCUAACAGAUCUGAA